AUGCCGGCAGCUUUGUUCAGCGCCGCCGAACCUGCGCGCUGCGCUCCGCGGCCGCGCUCGCCCCGCGCCCCUCCGCUGCGGGCUCUGCCCGAGGGGCAGCGCUGCUUCCAGCCGGGAAAACGCCGAGCCAAGCGGCUGUGGGAAAGGGAGAAAGGAGGGGAUAAAAAGCCCCGAACGAACCAAAGCCCGUUUGCCGGUGUUUGCCCGGUGGGAAGCGCGCUCGCUGCGCGCGGGGGAGGACAGGAGGUGCCGGGCGGUCCGAGCGGGGCGCGGGCACUGCGGGAGCGGUGCGCUGGGAGAGGGAACGGGGAGCGCAUUGUGUCUGCGUCCUCCCUCACUCAACGGCGCCGAGACUCCCGGAAAGCUCUGGGCAGCGGGUUUGAUUCCUUGGAAACGCUCAGCCGCCCCUCCCCCGCGAUCUGCGGCUUGUGUGUGCCGGGAUCCGGGCGAGAGCCGGGGGGGGUCCGGGGCCGGCCGGUGGCGAGCGCGGUGCCGCGGCCCCUUCCCGGAGCGUCCGAGAUCGGGGCAAGCCGGAGCGACAGCGGGUCCGGGGAGGGCUGCCCGGCGCCCCCCAGGAGGGGCCAGGUGACCGAGCCCACCGGCGGCGGCGGACACGGCGCUCCGGGUGCCCCCGAGAUGCCCUCAGCCGUGACGGGGAUGCCGCCUCCCCCCAGACGGAGAGCUGAGGAAGCAGCCUGCGCGCUGUCUGUGGGGCCCGCAGCCGCGCCUGGCUCCCGCUUUCGGCUCCCGGCUGGCAGCCCAGACCUCUCCCCGGCGCCCGAGGUGCCGAGAGAGCGGCGCUUCCCCCGGACCUGGCAGCGGCACCGGCUCCGUGGGCGCCUCUCGGGAUGCGCGCGCCCCGCUCCCGUCCUCCGGGACCUCGUCCUGCCGCGGCCGCCCCCGGCACGGUGUCCUCAGGGAGAGAGGGGUCCCUCCCGCUGUCCCCGGCCCGUGGGUUGUCCCGCCCCGUCUGUCGCGGCGGCGGGAGAGCCGGGCUCGGCUCCCGCCUGCCGGGGCUUCAGCCGCAGCCCCUUCACUUGCGGGACCGCUUCCCCCUGA